CCAGAAGUUCAGCGCUGGCUGCUGGCAGGGUGGAAGCCUAGUCCCGCUUUUGCUAAAGAGUUGGCGGGCGCUCGGGCCGUGCAAUCACUAGUGGGAGCUGGAGAGGGCAAGUGAAAAAAAAAAAAUCUGCAGAGCCUGAGAACCCGGGGAGGGGGAGAAACACCAGCAGCAGCUGACCCAACUUUGUGGCGUGCAGGCUGGAGGUGCAGGGGGAGCAGCAGCGGCACUGAGCGGCGUCUGCUCUCCGGCCCGCGGACGAAGCGGCGGAGGCGGCCUGGCAGCCGGUCACCCAGCGGGGAUUGCUCUUGUUUUGUUUAAAGCACAGACGUGGCAAGAAGAUUUCUUGAACUUUGGGAAUUCUGCAGGCCUGCUUUCCAUCCACUAAUUCUACUACUCAAGCUGAUGGGAACUGCAGGCAUUCAGCGCCUUUGAAAAUCCGGUCACUUUUUGCUUGCUGGCAGACUUGUCGGAGGAUCUGACAGAGGCGAAGCACAGUAAAAUAAGAAGCAAAAGAAACAGAAGAACACAGGCAAAUCAUAAUCACUACUCUCCUGCAGCAAUGGGUUGGCUGGAAGAAUCAAACUGGCAGCUUCACAUUUCCUUGAUCAUGCUACUCUCCAUGCACACCAAGGCCAGUGUUCUAGACAAACCGUAUUUGCGGAGUUCUGGACAGUUGAACUUGGAGAACAGAAAGGAAGAUGGUGAGAGUACAGCACCUGCUCCUCCCCAGAAGCCACUGCAGUGUCACUGCAAUCACCACUGUCCAGAGGACUCAGUCGACAGCACCUGCAGGACUGAUGGCUACUGUUUCACCAUGGUAGAAGAAGAUGAAUCCGGAGGACGUACAAUUGCUUCAGGAUGCCUAGGCUUAGAAGGCUCAGACUUCCAAUGCCGGGAUACACCCAUAAUAUAUCACAGAAGAACUAUUGCAUGCUGCACAGAUGAAGAUUUCUGUAAUGAAAACCUUCACCCUACGCUACCACCACUGAAAAACAGAGAUUUUGUUGAAGGAAACAUUCACCAUAAGGCCUUGCUGAUCUCAGUGACAGUUUGCAGUAUACUCCUGGUACUUAUAAUCAUAUUCUGUUACUUCAGGCAUAAAAGGCAAGAAACCAGACCUCGUUACAGCAUUGGACUUGAACAGGAUGAGACUUACAUUCCUCCAGGGGAAUCCCUGAAAGACUUGAUUGAACAGUCUCAGAGCUCAGGAAGUGGGUCUGGGCUCCCUCUGCUGGUCCAAAGGACUAUAGCAAAGCAGAUUCAGAUGGUGAAACAGAUAGGCAAAGGUCGCUAUGGAGAAGUUUGGAUGGGAAAGUGGCGUGGAGAAAAGGUAGCUGUAAAAGUGUUCUUCACCACUGAGGAGGCCAGCUGGUUCAGAGAGACAGAAAUCUAUCAGACUGUCCUGAUGAGGCAUGAAAACAUUUUGGGGUUCAUUGCUGCGGACAUUAAAGGUACAGGGUCUUGGACCCAACUGUAUCUUAUCACAGACUAUCAUGAGAAUGGCUCCCUGUAUGAUUAUCUGAAAUCCACUACCUUAGAUUCAAAAGCCAUGCUAAAACUGACCUAUUCCUCUGUUAGUGGUUUGUGCCACUUGCACACUGAGAUCUUCAGUACUCAAGGCAAACCAGCUAUUGCCCACCGUGAUCUGAAAAGUAAGAACAUUCUAGUGAAAAAGAAUGGAACCUGCUGUAUAGCAGACCUGGGCUUGGCAGUUAAAUUUAUUAGUGAUACAAACGAGGUGGACAUACCACCAAACACCCGGGUAGGAACAAAGCGCUAUAUGCCUCCUGAAGUGCUGGAUGAAAGCUUGAAUAGAAAUCACUUCCAGUCAUACAUCAUGGCUGAUAUGUACAGUUUUGGACUCAUCCUUUGGGAGGUAGCAAGGAGAUGUGUGUCAGGAGGAAUAGUUGAAGAAUACCAGCUUCCAUACCAUGAUCUUGUGCCCACUGACCCCUCCUAUGAGGACAUGCGGGAGAUUGUGUGCAUCAAGAAGCUCCGCCCUUCAUUCCCCAAUAGAUGGAGCAGUGAUGAGUGCCUAAGACAAAUGGGAAAACUCAUGACAGAGUGCUGGGCUCACAACCCUGCUUCUCGACUGACAGCCCUGCGAGUGAAGAAAACACUUGCCAAAAUGUCAGAGUCACAGGACAUUAAACUCUGAUUCUUUGAGGAGAGGAGAGAAGGCUCAUCCACUCCCUGUUUGAAUGGGGAAAAUACAUACCAUUUCAAGAUUCUGCAUGUUGCUUUCUGUGAAAGCCCAUUAUUUUUUGAUUGUUUAAAAGAAGCUACUGCUUUAAAUUUUAUGCAAGGAACUUUCAUUAAUAAAAAGAUUUGCACUCCCAAAUAGCCUUGCUGACUGAAAAAUAUUAAGAAUUCUCAGAGAGUCACUUGUUCAGAUUAGUUUAGUUUAAAUUGUUACAGAUGCUGUUUUGAUGGGAGUCCUGAUAAUUCUUUGUGAAGAGAUUGUGUUCUUUUUUGGGAA